AUGGGGAUGGCCAGCUCGCGCGUGUUGCCCUCGGGCCACAGCUCCGCGUCCAAGUCGCUGUCGUGGCAAGGCCUGCAAUGCGGGAUGCACUACUCGAAGCAGGACCUGGCGCUGUGGCCGCAGCUGGAGCCUCUGGCCCAAUGGUUCACGGCACAAGAUACUCGACGUCUGCAUCUGCGUCUCCACAGCAAGGCGGGGUCGACAGGUUUGCUGACGUUGGACGAGUUCUUGCUGUGGCUCGACGUUGGGGGAGGCAAACGACCAACCGACAGAGGCUCGAAAGCCUCGCGACCGAAAGUCUCCGAUAUCAUGACCCCUCCAGUGCGGGGCAACCAGCAGCACGAACGUCACUCCAGCGACGUCGAGCACGCUGCGAAGGACCCACCGCCGAUCUUGGAGAAGCACAUGCAGCACAUUUUCCUCACGUUCGCCGACGGACGAGGCCGUCGCCUGUACGCGCUCGAGUUCCUCGCCGCGAUGGUUGUGACCUCCCGCGCGAUCUGGGACUUCCACGAGAAGCUGACGCUGCUGUUGGAGUUGUUCCACGACCCCGCGACUUCUUCCAGCAGCAAGGCAAUGGCGUACACUAGUGCUCAACGCCUGAAGGAGACGGACGUCGCGCGCAUGCUGCUGUGUAUCAUGAACGGCGUGGGGCGAGCGACGCAGGGCGUGGCUCGAGUCUGGCAGACUCACGAGCUCCGCGUGGCUUCAUUUGCCCGACAGAGUGCGUUCCACUGCAUGCAGAGCAUCGUGAGCUCGCGUUCGGAGACGCCUGCGUCGACAUCCGAUGCGGCGGCAACCAAGAGCGUGUCGAGCGAAGAAUUGCAGGCGUACGUGGCUGCUACGCCGGCACUGCACCAGUUCUUGGCGCUCUUCUCGGGCGAGGAGCUCCGCAAUCCGCUCACAUUCGAGCCUUGUCCGUCUCACUUCUCGCGCCAAACGGAGCUGUAUGAGACGCUACUGUGUCGCUACGUGACGUUCGAGGGCCGCAAGGAACGCCGUCGUGGUAGCGCCGCGCUGCUGAUCCAGUCCACGUGGAGACGCCGAUGUUCGCUGUAUGACGCGCAACGCCGCGCCCAAGACCGAGUGGCGCAGCGGCACAAAUCUGCAGCUCAACUCCAGGAUUUUUUCAAGCACCGACGCGUUGCGCGAGAGCUCGAGGUCCGAGCGGAGAUCGAGCGAGCCGCGCUAAAUGGCGGCGUGUUCGCUGCUGGCUCUGGCCCGAGCAUUGGCAUCGCAGCUGCGGAGACUCGUCCAGACAAGAGGAAGGGCGUCAAUGCUGGAGCUCCCGUUCGACUCAUCGGAGCUUUCGUGACUCUCAAUGCGAAGCUCACAACGCUGGCUGCGUCGUCGACAUUUGCGUUGGGCGUGCAGGACGAUGGCCGCUCGAUAUUCGCGUGGGGGCGAUGCCUUCCCCGCCUGCACGCUGAUCAAGACAGCAGCAACAAUGCGAGUCAAAUGGUCUGCCUCACUCACGCAACUCCGCGCCGACUGCAGGUUCGACUACCAGCGCGCGUGGUCGAAGUGGCUUGUGGCUUGCGGCACGCGCUUGCACUCACUGAAGACGGCAUGGUGUUCUCCUGGGGCUUUAACGACCACGGACAACUGGGCCACGGAUCAGCGGAGACUCUGGCUGCGCGCACGUCCGGCCGCGUACGAUACACGUCGUACUACGACGAGCGCACAGGCGAAGACGAGGACUACCUGGCGUCACCAACGAGACUGCUGUACUUCGAAGGUUGCGCUGCUCAGCAGGCAGAGCCCAUUCCAGUAGCGCACGUGUGCAGCGGAGACUACUAUUGUAUGGCACUGAGUCGCGCCGGAGACGUCUUCACGUGGGGUGAAGCGUCCGAAGGCCAACUCGGCCAUGGCGAGACGCACGAGUUCUACCAGGUUGCGCUAGCUGACCGGCACAUGAUCAGCUCGGCGUACACCUACUUAGCACAGCCCGAGCCAGUGCUAGCUCUGAGCGACGUGCGGAUCACCCAAGUCGCGUGCCGGGGUAACCACUCGGUGGCUUUGAGUACCGAGCGAUCUGGUUCGAGGCUCUUUGAGUGGGGGAACUGGGGCAGGCGACGCGGUGUAGACAGAGAGCACGCCUUCGUGCCUGAAGAAACGAUCGGCGUUUCGGCUCUGCGUCUCCGGCAAGUCGCAGUCGGGGACCAGCACAUGCUCGCGGAAGGUGCAAGUGUCUGGAUGAAGCUGGCAACUCGCACGAACGGGCCCGUCCAGGCUCUCGAGCACGGAGAGGAGGAGACUGGUUUCUUCGUGGAGCCUUUGGCGGGGUCAUCGAGCUCUCUCGACGCUAUUGAGAGCGAGUUUGUGGGAACCGACGGGGCCAACGCCACCACGUGGGUCUGCUGUGUUGUUGAUCUCGAUGCUGAUGACGUUGAUGAAGACAAUGGGAAAGAAGAAGAAGAAGAGGGAGAAGCUCUUGAUGAAUCACCGUCUCGCCCUGGAACUGGCACCAGCACUAAGGAGACUGACAUGGGCGCUCUGUGGCAGAAACGAGCUGAGCGAUUCGCCUUGAGUCUCGAUCGACUGGCAGAUUUCGAUCCUCGCUCAUUGCGCCUACUGGCCAGUGCAUCCGGGAGUACAAACAACGCCGCGAAUACGUACGCGCAGGGUGUUGAUCAAUGGCUACGGGGUCGAGUGGCAAACCGACUGGUUGCCAUGCCGCGCGGCAAGCCUGCCGGGUUCUACAUGCACUUCCGCCUUCCCUUGAAUUUCAACAGCAACAACAAUACUCCAGCCUCUAGGCCUGGAACGAGUAGCGGAGACACUCGAAUCGAUGAAGCUGGUGAUGACGACGUACUCAGUGAGACAUCGGCCGCUGGGGUGGUGCUUGAGUUGGCAGUGUGCGGGUCAAACACGGCAAAACACGCCGUCGGACGUCGUGGAUUCAGCACGCACGUAUUUCAUCCGGAGAUGGAGGCAGCGGCCAAGCGUCUCAAGCAGCAGCAACUCCGCGCGCGGUCAGUGACGAAGAAGAAGCCCACGGUGGCGCCGACGGAGAUGAACAGCGUUUUCGUGCUGGAGAUCGACCAAAGUGUCCUGGCACCAUUGGCGUCGGCUGUGGCCGGGGGUGAUGACCCAACUUCAUCGGGGCCCAUCGGAACCGAAAGCGAGGCGGAACUGGAAGCUGAAACCAUUAUCAGUGAGAUCGGGCACCGUGUUCUGGAGCUCCAGGAGGCUGGGGCCCUCGCUGUGCUCGUUGUUCUCGAUUUGUUUGACGCCGACGCGUUCGCGCUGCAAUUCGCCGAGGACUCGGGGGUGUUUGUCCCGGUUUUCAUGGUCACAAAACAGGCCCAAGCCGUCGUCGUAGGCUCUUACGGAGACGGUAGCUCCGUGUCUGAGCCUGACGAAGGGGAUUCCACGCGUCGCACCUUCCCACCGCGUCGCCCCUCCAUGCAGUCUGUCGUGCCGUCAUUUGCGUUGCAGCCACCACCGCCACUUAUGGCGCGGUUCUUCUACCGCAUAGACACAGCCGCAGCUAGAGCUCGCGGGGCGUUUGCGAAUGGAGCGGCUGCCGUGAUGUUCGUGGAGAACGAAAAAUCGUUGGAGCCCGCCCAGGCAAGACUUCGACGAUCGCUUGGUAUGGCUCUGCCAACUCAUCUUGCUAAGAAGCAUCAGCUUGUGGGGUUGAUCCCGCAUGAGCACGGACAGCGACUGCGAGCUGCGUCUCGCUUGUCCAGCCUCGGGGAACCUCCCAGGGAAUUGCCUAAAUCGCUCGUUAAACAGUGGUCGCUGUCCGGAGCUCCAUCGACGGCUAGUGCUUCUGAGAAAUGCGAGCUUAUAACGGAGGUGCAGUUUGAAUUGCGCGUUGGGGGCACGACGUAUGCGUGGGGUGAUGCUGAGAAUGGACGAUUGGGCUUGGGGGAAGUUCCGGGAGCUGAUGUCGCUAACGAUACGCUAGAUGCUGAGCCCCCUCUUUUCCAGGACGGAUAUGAGGCUCUUACCGAUGCUACCUACAGCUUCGUUGCGCACCCGACACGAAUUCCAGCUCUUGCAGGGGUGGAAUUGAAGCUCCUCGCCUGCGGAAGUGCUCACUCGCUAGCUGUAACCCAGCGGGGCAAGGUUUUCUCGUGGGGACGUGGUGCAAGAGGACAACUCGGCCAUUCUGCCAACACAUCCAAUACUUCGGUCAGUGCUGCAUUACCUACUGAUGCGUGGACUCCUCGAAUGGUUCGUGGGCUUCGUUACGAGAGCGUUGUGCAGGCGGUAGCUACAGAUCAGAGCUCACUUUUCCUGUCGGAGAUUGUCCCGUCCGCCGUGUAUGAGCAGCGAAGGCGCCAAGUCGCACAGCUCCGAGCCAUCGCCAAACAAACCAAACGCGACACAUGCCCUGCAACAGAAGAUUAG